CGCUCGGCUCCGCCUCCGCUGGUAGGUCACAUCACACUCGCUUCAAUAUUGACACCACCAACGCACGCACGACCCUUCUUCCUCCUCCCGGCGGCUAGGCUGAUUUCUCCUUGCAUCGCCUUUAUUGCGCUCAGCUGCUCUGCCAAGUGCCAACGUCGUACACCUCCAGCAGUGGAGGGAGCCGGAGCACGAGCAACACCAAGGUGUCCGCCACAGAAAUCUACAUAUAAUUGCAGCCCCAACCACCUCGUUCCUCUUCCCCUUCCCCCCUCCCCAGCCAAAUCCGCUUUCCUAGCUCUAAUCGCCGCCGAUCUCGCCGGAGGAACUGCUAGCUAGCUGCUCCCUUCACUUCUCAGGAGCCAGGAUUAAAAGUUGCCUCAAAGAAGAAGAUCCCUCUGCGCCGCUGCAUGUUGAGCGAGCCUACCGUAGCGACGAGCGCGGAUAUGAAUUGGUGUUGUGUUCCUAGGGCCAACAAGAGAGAAGAGAACCCUUACUCCAACAGCAUCGGCGGCAUCUACUCCGAGAAGAACAUAAGGCUGUUCUCCUAUGCCGAGUUAAGAUCUGCUACCGACAACUUCAACCGCACCAACAAAGUGGGACGAGGCGGAUUCGGGACAGUUUAUAAGGGAACCAUCCGAAGCGGGCGAGAGGUCGCGGUGAAGGUCCUCUCCGCCGAGUCCAGGCAGGGCAUCAGGGAGUUCCUGACGGAGAUCGACGUCAUCAGCAACGUCAAGCACCCCAACCUCGUCGAACUCAUCGGCUGCUGCGUCGAGGGAAGCAACCGGAUUCUGGUGUAUGAGUACCUCAAGAACAGCAGCCUUGACCGUGCGCUGCUGGCUUCUAACAGUGAGCCUGCCGACUUCACCUGGAGCGUCAGGUCUGCUAUAUGCCUCGGAGUCGCUCGGGGCCUUGCGUACCUGCACGAGGAGAUCGCGGCGCCGAUCGUGCACAGAGACAUCAAGGCCAGCAACAUACUUCUCGACAGGAACUACGUCCCCAAGAUCGGGGAUUUCGGUCUGGCCAAGCUGUUUCCUGACAAUGUCACCCACAUCAGCACCCGCGUCGCGGGAACAACAGGCUACCUUGCGCCUGAGUACGCCUGGCAUGGCCAGCUCACCAAGAAAGCGGACAUCUACAGCUUUGGUGUCCUUGUCCUGGAGAUAGUGAGCGGCACUAGUAGCUCCAGGAGCAUACUCAUGGAUGACAAGAUUCUCCUAGAGAAGGCAUGGGAGCUGUACGAAGCGAAGAGGCUCAAGGAACUGGUGGAUCCAGCCCUUGUAGACUGCCCUGACGAAGAAGCCAUCAGGUACAUCAUGGUGGCCCUCUUCUGCCUACAGGCGGCCGCCGCGCGCCGGCCGACGAUGCCCCAGGUCGUCACCAUGCUGUCCAAGCCCGUCCGGAUCAACGAGAGCGAGCUGACGGCGCCGGGGUACCUCCAGGAGUACAGCAGGCGGAGCCCCUUGUCCAAGGCCACCACUUCCACCGACUCCAGGUUCAAGAACCUGGCGUCCCAGGAGGACUCCAACAUGUUCAGCACGGUGGUGCCACCCACGGUGACCGAGAUGAGCCCCAGGUGAAGCAACCGCCAUGUAAUUUUGACUAAUUCCUUCCUUGCGUUUUGUCAACCGGC